AUGGGCUCCGGGCCUCCGACUACCGAAAAGGAUACGACGUCGAGGUCGCGACGGGGACGGGCUGAUUCCGACGCAAACAACACCAGGACCGUCUCGGUGCAUGCAAACCAAGAUGACUCAGAUGCUGGCCUUGAGCGGAAUGAGCCCGACGGCGAAGAUGGGAAUGGCGACUUGCCCAUGUCCAAGGCACGAUGUAUUGCGCUCGUGGCUACCGUCACUGGAGCCGCCUUUCUCAACGUUCUCAACAUCCAAAGCGUCGUCAUCAUCCUCCCUACCAUUGGACGACAUCUCGACAUCCCCGAAGGUCGCCUGCAGUGGAUCGUUUCUUCUUAUUCGCUUGCCUUUGGGUGCUUCCUCUUGCUUUGGGGCCGCAUUGCCGACAUCUACGGCAAGCGGCUCAUCUUCAUCCUGGGUUCCCUACUUGGCCAUCCACUGACCUUGUCUUGUCGUCAAGGAGCUGGCGCCCCCCUCGGCAGUGUAUGCGGCAACCUCCUCUCCGGCCUCAUCGCCGAAUACGCCAACUGGAAAUGGGUCUUUGGCGCGCUCGCCAUCCUCUCCGCCGUCAUAACUGCAGCUGGCGUGUUUCUCAUCCCGCCUCGCCCUCCAGCUCCCCCUCCCUCGGACACCAAAUCAGACGGCAGCGUUUGCGAGAACCAGCCCCCGGCGGUGGACUGGCUCGGCGCUGCGCUCAUCACGACCGCCCUUCUGGCCCUCAACCUCUCUCUCACAGAAGGUAAUGUCGUUGGUUGGGCCACGGCCUGGGUGCCUGUGAUCCUCAUCACAUUCGUCCUCCUUGUCGCGCUCUUCGCGCUCUGGCAAAUCUACCUCGAGCGCCGGCAUGCCCGCGGCCUUUCCCGCGCACCGCUCAUCAAGAUCUCCGUCUUCCGCAAUAGGCGGGACUUCCAGGGACUGUCGCCGCUGAACACCAUGCUGCGGUAUAUCCCCACCGGUGUGACAGGCGUCCUGGUGGCUCUCAUUGUGGCCAAGCUGCUCAGUCGCAUCCCAACACUCUUUAUUCUCGUAUGUGGAACGCUGGCCACGUCGGUGGCGUGUCUGCUGUACGCUGUCCCGAUCCCACCGACCACGACAUAUUGGGCGUACGGGUUUCCCGCCAUGGUACUUGCCGUCGUGGGCGCGGAUACCUCCUGGCCCUGUCUGACGCUAUUCACGUCCCAGGCUCUUCCACGGGAGGAUCAGGCCAUUGGUGGGGCGUUGAUCAAUGCCGUGGGACAGUUUGGCCGCUCCGUAGGCCUGGCUGUUGGCACGGCUAUUCAAACGGCUGCCAUGGCGAAGGCGCGUGGCGUUAUUGUCAAGGAGGCAGGUCCUAUUCGGCAGUGGGAUGGGGAUUCGCUUACGGGCUUGAGGGCCACCAGCUGGGUGAAUUUUGCGUUUGGAAUGGCCUCUUUGUUAGUGGUUGUGACGGCGUUCAGGAGCAUGGAUAUUAUAGGCAAGCCGAGGUCUGCUGCCACCUUGGUCAGGGAUGAAUCUGGCCGUGGGGUCGUCUCGACGGAAAAUAGUAGUAAUGACCUCGAGAGGACUGUGGCGGAGAAGAACUAG